UCCAUUGACAGGCGCUCAAAUAGCAGAAGGGACGAAACUGGGUGGUGACCUCAGCUCGGGGGGGGGGGCGCGAUACCCGGAAGUCGGCGACUGUGAAGUUGACAGUGUGGCCUUAGUGGAGCAAAGGACCCAUCUCUUCUGGGAUCAUGUGUAUCAUCUUCUUCAAGUUUGAUCCUCAUCCUAUUUCCAAAAAUGCAUACAGACUUAUCCUGGCAGCCAACAGGGAUGAAUACUACCACAGACCAACCAAGGAAGCCGACUGGUGGGGGGAAAACAAGGAGAUCCUCAGUGGGCUCGACAUGGAGGAAGGCAAGGAAGGGGGCACAUGGCUGGGCAUCACCACUCGAGGAAAGCUUGCAGUGCUCACCAACUAUCUUCAGCCAUAUCAGGACCAGCACGCCCAGGGCAGAGGUAAACUCGUGACCCAAUUCCUGACCACUGAAAUGGACAGCAUGUCCUACCUGAAGAAAGUCUCCACGGAGGGCCACCUCUACAAUGGGUUCAACCUCAUUGCAGCUGACCUGAGUACUACAAAGGGAGACGUGUUUUGCUACUAUGGAAACCGGGGAGACCCUGAGCCCCUGUUCUUGGAACCAGGUACCUAUGGGCUGAGCAAUGCUCUGCUGGAGACUCCCUGGAAGAAGCUGUGUUUCGGGAAGAAGCUUUUCCAGGAGAUUGUGGAGAGGAGCCAGACUCUUCGUAAGCCUGAACUCAUUAUCCAGCUCCUAGAUGUUCUCAAGAACAAGGAGGCGCAGCUCCCUGACCCAGCCAUCGUGGAGCAGGGCAAGGAGUUUGUGGAACCCAUGCUGGACAAGUACUCGGCCGUGUUUGUGCACCAUGAGAACUACGGUACCAGAACCAAUACAGUCAUCCUUGUGGAUGCUGCUGGGAACGUGACUUUCACAGAGAACACCAUGGUGGGCAAGGAUCCUUCCAACUGGAUGACUACUAUCCAUGAGUUCAAGCUUCAGGACUAGCCUCGCCCCCUAGGGCAGGGCAUGCUGUGAGGGCCUGUGUGAAUGGGACCCUUCCACUGCCACACACACACACACACACACACACACACACACACACACACACACACACACACACACUGCCAGGGAUUCUGUCAGUGUCCCCCUGGACCAGGAACCUCAGUUUUGUAUGUAAUCCCUCUGUGUCCCUGUGUCUGUCUGAGGCCAGUGAAGAGUGACAGAGUGGCACAGCCAUAUUUGAAAAGAGGCAUGAAGGACACCUAGGAAAAACCCACUCCUGUAACAGAAGUGUUGCCAGCUAUGUGGACUCUGUGCAUGCUUGGGGAUCCCUGUGAGGAGGGCAAUGUCAUGUGUGUUAGACAUUCCUGGUGCCUGGGACACUGUGUCACGUGUUGUUUUAUGUGUGCUGGGGUGCCUGGAAGCCCAUUGGGUGUCGUGCAGACUGGGUAGACCCAGGUUAGGAAGGAGACAUAACAGCCCCUGCCAUUCUCCUUCUUGAAAGGUCAAAUGUCACAGGACUCUGUACUUGAACUUGAGAUACUGAUAAUAAAAUCCUAGACUGUGGUGCA